AUGGCCUCCGCGUCGGUGGUCCUCACCCGGGAUGAUGCUGCGGGGGCGCCCUCUGCCACCUACUCCUACUGCAGCCGGCCCCGGGCUGUGCCUGCCAGGCGGAGGUACCGGACCACCUUGGAAGCCAACGAGCCGGAAGAGGAGUCAAUUCGCUAUGCAAACCUCAUGUACGAGCGGAGAGUGGUUCGGGGGAACACUUACGCCCUUCACUUGCUCCCUUGGAGCAGCGAACCCGAUCCCCUUGAGCUCCAAAGACAGCGGGAAGCCCACCGAAAAGCCUUGGCCAGGAAGCGGGCCAAAGAGCAGCUCCAGACGAGAACGCCAGAACCUCUGGAGGGCCGGCGGCAUGUCAACGUGCAAACAGAACUGUACCUGGAAGAGCUUGCCAAUCGCAUCAUCGAGGUGGACAUGGAGUGCCAAACAGAUGCAUUCCUGGACAGGCCGGCGACUCCCCUGUUCAUCCCGGCGAAGUCUGGCAGAGACGUGGCCACACAAAUUUGGGAAGGAGAGCUUUUUGAUUUUGAUAUUGAAGUGAGGCCAAUGCUUGAAGUUUUGGUCGGCAAAACCAUAGAGCAGGCGCUGCUGGAAGUGAUGGAGGAAGAGGAGCUGGCUAACCUGAGGGCACAUCAGUACGCCUACCACGAACUGCGCUGUGCGGAACUUGCUGAGGUCCAGCGCCUUGAAGAGCAGGAGAGGCGACAUAGAGAGGAAAAGGAGCGUCGUAAAAAGCAGCAGCUGCAAGUCCUCCAGAAAGAAAAAGAAACUUCGGAGAAGAUUGCGGCUCGGGCUUUUGCUCAGCGAUACCUCUCGGACCUCAUUCCUUCUGUCUUUGGAAGCCUCCGGGACAGUGGAUUCUUCUACGACCCAGUGGAAAGAGAUAUUGAGACAGGAUUCUUCCCAUGGAUGAUGGAGAUGGUAGAAGAUACCAUGGAAAAGAAGGUUCUUGGCAGAACAAUUGCUGAUAGCUUAAUUCGAGACGUGGUGGAAAUGAGGCUGGACUCUUUUGAGCAUGGGGUGUUGCCCAGUCGACCAGAAGCUAUCCAGCCACUCGACCAGCAGGAUGAACAGGUACCCUCCAUGGAGCUCCUGUUGAAUGAGACCUCAGGUCCACAGGAAGCCUUGGAUCAGCUGGAAUCUACUGGUCAACUGGAAACUUUGGAUCAGCCGGAAGCUCCUGGUCAACCGGAAUCCUCGGAACAGUUGGAAGAAUUGGCUGAACCAGGAACUCCAGUUCAGCCACAAAGUUCAGGCCAGCUGGAAGCUCCGGAACAGGACAAGGAACCAGAAGAACCGGAAGCCAAGGAACCUGAACCACAAUGA